CCUUCCCCACGCCUCUCCACCGGAAUACUCCCACCGCCGUUCGAGAAGAAGAGAGAGAGAGAGGCAUGGCGCCCAAGGCGGAGAAGAAGCCGGCGGCGAAGAAGCCCGCGGCGGAGGAGGAGCCCGCGGCCGAGAAGGCGGAGAAGGCCCCGGCGGGCGGGAAGAAGCCCAGGGCGGAGAAGCGGCUCCCCGCGGGGAAGGGCGGCGAGAAGGGGGGCGAGGGGAAGAAGGACCGCGCGGGGAGGAAGAAGGCGAAGAAGAGCGUGGAGACCUACAAGAUCUACAUCUUCAAGGUGCUCAAGCAGGUCCACCCCGACAUCGGCAUCUCCUCCAAGGCCAUGUCCAUCAUGAACUCCUUCAUCAACGACAUCUUCGAGAAGCUCGCCGCCGAGGCCGCCAAGCUCGCCCGCUACAACAAGAAGCCCACCAUCACCUCCCGCGAGAUCCAGACCUCCGUCCGCCUCGUCCUCCCCGGCGAGCUCGCCAAGCACGCCGUCUCCGAGGGCACCAAGGCCGUCACCAAGUUCACCUCCGCUUAGCCUCUCAGCCCCUCCCCAUUCCCCUCCCUUGUUUCGCCUUGCUGCUAGUGGUAGUUGCCGUAGGAUUUGGUUGGGGGUGUAGUUACCCUGGCCUUUGACUAUCCUGUGUUCAUGUAAGAAAAAUAUCGUGGUGGAUUUAGGAACAGUAUUGUUAUCUGGAUCUGGAAAAUAUUACUAGUAAUUGUGCUGUGAUGA